AUGCCGAUAGAUGGAGCUGUGGGUUUGAGGAGGAAGGAAAGAGAGGAGGAGGAGGAGGAGGGGGAGGACGGAGGGGAGAGGGGGGUGACUUUUCUCAACACUUGAAGUUGAGACAGAAGUGUGGAAAAAGACACUGUUUCUAAAUCUACGGGGCAACUCAUUAGCAGCAUUGUACCCACUGAUGUCCCUGCGUCCAUGUGUGUGUGUGUGAGAGUGUGUGUUUACAUUGGAGGCUUUUGUGGUACACACACUAUCACCGCAUGUCCCUGAAGACUGUGUCGCCAUUAAGUUAAUGAUGGCUUCUUGAUGAUUCAGGGUAAAAAUAAGUGUUUUUCUGAGGUAGUGGUCACUUUACUUAAAGGGAUUGUGCAUGGGGAGGAUGUCUCUGGAAAACACACUCCAGGGACUGCUGUGUUUACAUGCAUGUGUACGUGUGUGUAUGUGCAGGGUGGGGGGGGAUGUUUGUGUGCUGAUUUGCAGCACGUGUUGGCGUGCAUGCUCCUGUAUGUGUGUGUGUGUGUGUGUGUGUGUCUGUCUGUCAGGUUUCCUGCUGCGCGGUGCGGCUGGGAGCCCUAGCGAGGGUAAAAUUCCAUUCUCUCGGCGGAGCAGCAUUCUGCAUGAGCCAAUUCCCAGGAGACACUGCUCUGCAUGUCCUCCAGACAGCCGAGCUGAGGCACAGGCUCAGGCUCGCUUAUUAACUGACCUGAGGGGGGGCGGUGGUGGUGGGAGGUGGUGGUGGAGGAGGAGGAGGAGGAGGAAGGAGGGAGGGAAGGGAAGGAGAGGAGGAAGGGGAGGGGGGGCAGAGAUGGAGAAUGGAGGAGGAGGAGGAGGAGGAGGGGGGAGAGAGGAGGAGGGGGAGCCCAGGGAGGCAGGAGGAGGAGGAGGAGGAGGCGGUGGGUGA